AUGCGGCAAGAUUUGUCCUGCUCCCAAGGAUCCUUACGCCUAUCCUACCCCAAUAGAAACAGUGCCGCCUCCCUACUCUCCACAUCAACAUGCUCAGAUACCAGCUACAUCCUUGGCAGCACCUUGUCUUUGACCGGUGAAGAAGCCGACUGUCAAGAGUCUAUCGUCUACAGUGACGGAUGCAGGACAAGGACCUAUGACACCCAUAGCAAUUCUCCUAGGCAGGAGACGCCCAGCAACUAUUCGCUUAGCAGUCCUGAACUGUCGCUGUCUGGCUCUUUUACUGAUGUCCCUAUGUUGCUGAUCAAUGGCGUACCACACCAUGACAUGCAGGUCAACACAUCUCCCGUAUCAGAAAACGGCUCACCACAGAAGCCAUUCACUCCUCACGGUUCCCCAGUCUAUGGCAGUCAGCCAACAAUGACGUUUGUCAUGGACUCUUCAAAAUUUUGGUUCCGACCAAAUAUCAGCAGAGCAGAGGCUGAGGCCCUGGUCCGGGACAAAGAACCGGGAACAUUUGUGGUGAGAGACAGCACUACCUACAGAGGAAGUUUUGGUCUGGCCAUGAAGGCGGAUCCUCCAAUCACUCUAUCACAAAAAAAUAAGAGCGGACAAAUCAGCUCUAAGUUUAUCAAGCACUUCCUGAUCGAAUCGUCACCAAAAGGUGUUCGUCUGAAAGGAUCCACUCAGGAGCCAUUCUUUGGAAGCCUGUCUGCCCUUGUGUACCAGCACACUAUUUCACCUGUCGCUUUACCCUGCAAACUACUGCUCCACACCCACGGAUUAGAUGGAGAAGCAGAAAAAAACACAGGCAACAAGAAAGUAACAGCCUCCAACUUCAUCUACCUGAACGCCGUCCCCACUGAGACGUUGACGGGACCGUGUGCAGUUGAGAGGGCCGUCUCCUCCACCCUCCAACUCCUCUCAGGGUCCUUUGAACCCACCAUCGUCAACCUGAAAGUGUCCUCGAAGGGUAUCACGCUGACGGACAUCAACAGGAAGCAUUUUUUCAGGCGUCAUUACCCUGCUCACCUGCUCAGCUACGGUGGAGAUGACCCGGAAGAUCGAAGGUGGCGGAAAGGUUCAAGUUUUGGCGCAAGGAUGUUUGGCUUCGUGGCAAAAGGCGUGGAAGCCGGCGCGGAGAACGUGUGCCACGUCUUUGCAGAGUAUGAUCCUCUGCAGCCCUGCAGUGCGGCCGUCGACCUCAUCAAGGCCGUCAUAACCAAGUCAUAG